AUGAUCGUUCUUGGAACAGGUGAGAGUGAUGUUUACAAUCAUCGCAUAUCUUACAAUCUACCAAAGUUCUGUGCAAAUGCUACAUGGAAUGCUUCAGCCGUCACAUUUGCCACUACCACCAUAGUUGGCGGAACUCCUUAUGGAAUCUUUGUCAGUAGUAACAAUACAGUCUACGUGGCAAAUCGAGAGUCUAGUCGUGUUCAUGUCUGGCUAGAGGGAAGUACAACACCCAUCAGCAACAUUUCGAAUGGCUUGAGCAAUCCAUAUAGUGUGUUUGUCACUGAUAAUGGCAAUAUCUAUGUUGAUAACGGUGCAUCCAACAAGCGAGUCGAUCAAUGGCAACUCAAUUCCAAUGGUAGUGCUCCAGUCUUGUUCACCUGCGACAUAUGUUAUGAUCUUUUCGUUGACUCCAAUAACUACAUAUAUUGUUCAAUGACCAAUUAUCAUGAAGUUAUUGGCAAAACUUUAGAUACAGCUACCAAACAGAAUGUUUGGAGUAUUGUAGCAGGCACCGGCACUUCUGGAUCGACCACAACGACAUUCAGUAGUCCUCGUGGAAUCUUUGUCGAUGUCAACUUUAAUUUAUAUGUUGCUGAUUCAAGCAAUGCUCGAGUGCAGCAAUUUUUGUAUCGUCAGCAAACAGGAACAACUAUUGCAGGUGCUGCGGCUGCUGGAACUAUUUCACUAAGUACUCCGACAGAUGUUGCGCUCGAUGCUGAUGGUUAUCUUUUCAUUGUCGACAGUGAAAAUCAACGUAUUGUUGGAUCGGGGCCUUAUGGCUUUCGUUGCAUAGCUGGAUGUACACAAAGUGCUGGUUCAGCAUCCAGUCAAAUGGAUAGUCCAUCAACAUUCGGUUUUGAUAGUUAUGGCAAUAUCUAUGUCACCGAUCGAGAUAACAAUCGAGUUCAAAAGUUUCUCUUAUCAACAAAUGUCUGUAAUGGAUCAACAACUUCAUUAACUUCUACUAGUAUGUAUAUCGUCAUGCUCUCCCCAAUUUUCUGUUCACAAAAUGCACAUCUCAUUUUAGCAACAGUGCCAUCCACCACUAUUCCAACAACUACAUCAUCAACACUCAACUCCUUUUCGAAUAUUAUUCCUUACAAUCAACCAAAAUUUAGUCCAUAUGCCAUCUGGGUCGGAACUGGAAUUACCUUUGCGGCGAGUACUACAGUUGGUGCUGAUCUUUACGGUAUUUUUGUCGACAAAAACAACACUGUUUAUGUCGCUAGUAAAGCAAAUAACAGAAUUCUCAUUUGGCCAGAAGGAGGCAUAUCUCCUCGUAACAUCACCGUUAGUGUGGGCGCUCCAUAUAGUAUCUUCGUAACAGCAUCAGGUGACGUUUAUGUCGAUAAUGGAAGUUCCAACAAGCGUGUUGACAAAUAUUUAGCAAAUGGAACUAACCAGACUCCAGUCAUGUCUGUUACAGGUGCCUGUUAUGACAUGUUCAUUGACGUCAGCAACAAUCUUUAUUGUUCAUUGUACGAUUAUCAUCAAGUUGCAGUGACAUCAUUGAACGAUAAUUCCACCACGUGGAAUGUGGCUGCCGGAGUAUGUUCUUGUGGUUCAACGCAAAACAGACUUUGCAAUCCUCGAGGUAUCUUCGUCGAUACGUCUUUGAACUUGUAUGUCGCUGACUGUACGAACAACCGUAUACAACUUUUCCAGUCAGGACAGAUAAAUGCAAUAACUGUAGUGAGUGCGUCAGUUUCUGGAACCAUCUCACUUGCCUGUCCGAGUGACGUGACUUUCGAUGCAGAUGGCUAUAUGUUUAUUGUGGAUAGUAACAAUCACCGCAUUGUUGGAUCAGGACCAUAUGGUUUUCGAUGUCUAGUUGGAUGUACAGGUGCUUCUGGUUCAACAUCGAGUGAUUUAUACAAUCCAUCAACGAUGAGUUUUGACUCCUAUGGAAAUAUAUAUGUAACUGAUCGAAGCAACAGUCGAGUACAAAAGUUUAUUUUGCAACCAAACACGACGUAUCCAUUUUCUUUUAAUCAACCAAAUUUUUGUCCAUACACCACUUGGAACACUGAAGCUGUUACUUUCGUGGACGUUAACUUACUCCUUUCAUAUGUUUAUGGAGUGUUUGUUGAUAUCAGCAACACGAUCUAUGUGGCAAACUGGUGGCGUGAUCAAGUCAAUAUCUGGGCAGCAGGAAGCACGACUAUAACUAGAAAUCUUACCUAUGUAUUGGAUGGCCCCCUUAGCCUUUUUGCUACACGUUCAGGUGAUCUUUAUGUUGACAAUGGCUUAUCUUAUGCUCGAGUAGAUAAAUGGGGCCCAAAUGAUACUAUCAGCACAGUAUCUAUAUCAAAUACUGUGCAGUGUUGCGAUCUAUUUGUUGAUAUCUCUAACAAUCUUUACUGUUCACUCACUGCCUGGCAUAAAGUUGCUAAGAAAUGGUUGGGCACCAAUGACACAACAAAGACCAUAGUAGCUGGCACGGGUGGUUACUCGGCGGCUGCAACUGAUCUCUACUAUCCUUGUGGAAUCUAUGUUGACUAUCAGUUUAAUUUAUAUAUUGGAGACUGCGGCAAUGAUCGAAUACAAAAGUUUGCUUUGGGACAAACGAGUGCAACUACUAUAGCUGGUAAUGGUGCACCUGGUACAAUUACCCUUGACUGUCCGAAUGAUAUUGCAUUCGAUGCAAAUGGGUAUUUGUUCAUUACCGAUAAUUAUAAUAAUCGUUUGAUUGGGUCGGGACCGUUUGGAUUUCGAUGUUUGCUCGGUUGUACAAAAGUUGCAGGUUCAUUAGCAAGUCAACUCUACAGCCCACGAACGUUUAGUUUUGACACUUACGGAAAUAUCUAUAUCGCUGAUCAGGCUAAUCUUCGAGUUCAAAAACUUUUGUUGGCAACCAACUCAUGUACCAUAUCAUAUAAUCAACCCACGCUCUGCGUAAAUUCAAUAUGGAAUCCGAAUGCAACAACAUUUACUUCAAUGUCCACCAUUGGAGCAUCACCUUAUGGUAUUUUUGUCGAUGGCAUCAAUUCAGUCUAUGUUCCUAGUCGAACAAAUAACACUAUUUUCAUCUGGUCACAAUACGACACCACACCAACAGGAAAAAAUUCUGGAAGUCUAAAUCGUCCACAUGGCAUCUUUGUUUCGUUGACUGGUGAUAUCUAUAUCGACAAUGGAUAUUCGAAUGGUCGAGUUGACAAGUUUUUAUUCAAUUCGUCAACUGUAGUCACAGUCAUGAGUGUUAAUGGCACUUGCUUUGGUUUAUUCAUAGAUAUCAAUAACUAUUUGUAUUGUUCACUUCAUGAUUUUCAUCAAGUUGUAAAAGUCCUGCUCAACAGUACUACUAUCACACCAACGGUAGUGAUUGGAAAUUCGACUGCUGGAUCUGAUCCUACUAUGCUAGAUUCGCCGUACGGUAUCUAUGUGGAUAGUAACUCGAACUUGUACAUUGCCGAUUGCGGCAAUGAUCGAAUUCAAAGUGUGUCAUCAGGAUCAACAGGUGGAAUAACGCUUGUCGGAAACAGUUCGUUAUUACCGACGAUCACUCUGGAUUGUCCUACAGGAGUGGUACUUGACACUAAUGGCUACCUAUUCAUUGUCGAUAGUUAUAACAAUCGCAUUGUUGGAUCAGGAUUGUAUGGGUAUCGAUGUAUCGUUGGAUGUAGUAGUACGAGCGGCACAAGUGCUAGUCAGUUAUCACUUCCACAAACAAUGGCAUUCGACAGUUAUGGAAAUAUCUAUGUGACUGAUCAAAAUAACAGUAGAGUUCAACUUACAUACAAACGACGACUACAACUACUUCGACCAGCACUAGCACGAGUUCUUCAACUAGCUCUAGUACCAGCACGUCAACUAGCUCCAGCACCUCGACCAGCACUAGCUCUAGUACAUCAACUAGCUCCAGCACCUCGACCAGCACUAGCACCAGUACAUCAACCAGCUCUAGCAGCAGCACGUCAACCAGCUCUAGCACGAGCACAUCAACUAGCUCCAGCACCUCGACCAGCACUAGCACCAGUACAUCAACCAGCUCUAGCAGCAGCACGUCAACCAGCUCUAGCACGAGCACAUCAACUAGCUCCAGCACCUCGACCAGCACUAGCACCAGUACAUCAACCAGCUCUGGCACGAGCACAUCCACCUCUACUUCAACUGGCACAACCACUAGUACCUCAUCUAGUACGACCAGAACUACCUCAACUACGACUACCACCACAACCCAAAUCACUUCUACAACAACUCCUGAACAAUCAACUCAGCAGCCAUCAAUUAACUUCAACUGAAGAACUUCAGUCCACGACAAAUCUACCAACAACACAACAAUCCAUCAUACUAACUUGUUAUCCACCAGCAAUCACACUCAUUCCUGGUGGAUCAUCUCUGACAUCGCCGUUGCAGUUCCGGAAAAAUCAAGAUUUUUCUAUCAAUUCAAUGAUUAAGUUCCGAUGCAAUGGCUCUCUUUCUACAAUCAAGCAAUGGACAGUCAGCAACUGCACUUCCACCUCAUGUCAAUACCGAAUUCACUUGAGUCAGAAGAUUCAAACAACCCUCAGCGAAUUCUAUGUUCCAGCAAAAACUCUUGAUUAUGGAUUAUAUCAACUAGUCUUAACUGUCAUCAUGGCAACGUUUCCAAGUGCCAAAUCAUCUGCAACAGUCUAUAUCAUGGUCACACCCUCUGGCAUCACAGCCAAUCCUGUUGCAUUGGGUACAUCGAUGAUCACACGUGGUUAUGAUCAAGACCUCGAACUCAAUCCAGGCUUAUAUUCAGUCGAUCCCGACGAAGAUUCUUUUGACGCUAGUAAAUGGAAAUAUGCGUACUAUUGUCGAUGGUAUGGCUCAUACAAUUUUCCAAACAUACAAGGUCAAUUGUUGACAAUCGAAAAUUCAAAAACUGAUCCCCAGAAUCCAUCAUGUUUGUCCAAUCGAUCAGACAACGGUACAGGUCUCAUCUUUGGCAAUCUGACUUUAUCACCAAAAUCAUCAUUAACGAUUCUCUCUGGUACUCUCCGAUCUAAUCAAAUGUACCAGUUCAUGGUCUACAUGGAAAAUAAAAAGAAUGCUUCUAUUCAAGCAACAGGCUAUGUCAUUGUUACAGUCGAAGAUACUCGUCCACAAUUAGUUGUCAUUGGUUGUGUUAUAUCAACUCUAUGUUCACCGAAUCUUGAAUUCCAAGUGGUCAAUCCAACCACUCAAGUUGCUUUGUAUGCACUUUGUGUUGGAGUUUGUCAAAACAUUGUCAGUAUCCAUUGGAACAUAUAUCGAGGUGAUGACAAUUCAUCUGCUAAUUCAACUCAAUGGAAUCUUUUUCAACAAAUGACAAUAUAUGACGAUAUUUGGUUCUUCGGAAGACAAAUGAGUAAUUUCACAGCAACAGAUCAACUAUUUCUCAAUAAUCCUUCAAUUCAACUUUGGCGAUUUGAAGUCGUCUAUACAUUCACGAAUGAGACAAGCACAAGUGCAUUGAACUUUGUUAUCAAUCAAUCUCCUUCCAACGGUUCAUGUGUCAUCACUCCUCACAAUGGAACAACGUCAACUUCGUUCACUGUUAUAUGUCCCAAUUGGUAUGAUGAAGAUGGAAUCAAAGAUUAUUCGUUGUAUGCUUGGAAAAACGAUGUGUCAGAAAUGGUCAUGAUUGCAUUCUCAUCUGUUACUCAGUUUCAACUUCAAUUACCAGCUGGAGAUGAACAAACGGCAAUGUUAAAUCUCGUUGUCUAUGUUCGAGAUCUACUGGAUUGUGUUACCGAAGUGAACAUGUCAGCUGUUCAUGUUAUUGCCGACACUGUUGCAAUAAAUCAACUCAUGGAAAGUAUUCAGAUAAGUUCAUCUUCAACAACAUUAUCAGGCAAUCCGACAGUUCAAUUACUUUCAAGUGGAAAUCAAAAUAUAGUUGGACAAGUGUUGACAUCAUUUUCACAACAACUCAAUCUCAUGGAGAAUGCCAGUGUUGCAAAAGUGACCUCAAGUGGGAUAUCUGCUGCUACCGUGUCAGUUGCAUCAUUAACAAGUCAAAGUUCAGCAGUAUCUCAAACAACAGUCAAUGAAUCUGGAUUAGCUGAUUACAACAAAGAACUCAAUUCUCAAGCAAGUCUGAGAGAUUAUCUCGUCACAUACAUAUCCAAUCUGGCCAUUACCACAUCAAACAGUAUCACACUUCAAUCAUCUUCAUUAACUCAGCUGACUCAGUCUACUAAUCAACUCACAAGAGCAACUCUCACACUAGUAUCGGAAAGAUGUUAUGAACUAGCUGUGGCACUGAAUUCUAAAGCGAGCAGGAUUCCUUUCGAAGAUGUGCAAGCUGCUGCCAGCCAACUCACUCAAUGCGCUUCAAAUGUUUUAACAGGCGUCAAUGGUCCAUUACAAGGACGUACAAUCUCACUUGAUCUGGACAUGUCUCGAGCAAAUGAUGUCUCUUCUAAUGAUUAUGAUACAGAUAUCGAAUCAGAAUGGUCAAGUAUCAACUCACAGUUAACUGAUAAUGCUGAUAGCAGUACUUCAAUUGAACAACAACGCAAUAUCUACUAUCAGCAGAAACUGGCCAGUCAAAUUCAAAUACAAUCAACGCAAAUCAUCUCUCUAGUCACAGCUGCAUUGAAUGUUCACUUGAAUCUUGGUCAAACUUCACUUGUCAACACAUCACAAACCUUCAUGUCAUUAGAAACAACUUCAAUCGAAUCAUUAGCAAACAAAACCAUCAAACAGCCUUCAUCUGCUGCAUUUUAUCUUCCAUCGAAUUUUACUCUCAAUACAACAAGCACUUCUUCCAUUUCACUUCGAUCCAAAAUGGACACUCUUGCUGCAUAUGGGAACUUCUCAAAUACGAAUCUCUCGAGAUCAGUCUCCUUGACGUUUGUGGAUAAUAAUGGUAAUGACAUUCCAUUUUUAACUGAUUCAAGUUCACCAAUCAAAGUCAUCAUACCUCGUGAUCCCAAUGUUGUCAUUCCAUCGAUGUACCUUCAAAAUGUCACAACAACAACAACAUCCAUCAACUCAUCAACAAAUUCAUCAUCUUCUCAUUUGUUAUUUCGUUUACAUUAUAUCAACAUUACGAGUUCACUUCCCAUAUCAGUUCAUUUCGAAAUUCAAUCAUUCAAUCUCACUUUAGCUUAUUUGUUCAUCUAUAAAUUUGAUCAAACACCACAACUCAAUAGUUCAAUCAAAUCCAUCGAUGGAUGGACGAUCUUCUGUCCUUCCAUGUUAGACAGUGAUAACAUUUACAAAUAUUAUCUUGAUAAUCAAAAAACUUCAGGUCAUCUAUCGUUGAUCUUUGGAAUUCGAGAAUUGAGUGAAAUGGAACUGCAUGACUAUUGUUCAACUACAAAUACAUCAUUUAAUAAUAAUACUCUACCAAUCACAGACAUACCCUUCACAUUCACAGCUGAUUAUGCAUUGCGUAUUUACACAUCAGGUUGUUAUUAUUUGGAUGAAAAUAACAAUUGGAAAUCAGAUGGAUUGAUUGUUGGAUCAUCAACAAAUCAUUAUGAGACAGAAUGUUUCUCUAGUCAUUUAACAACAUUUGCUGGUGGUUUCAUUGUUUUACCUUCACCAAUCAAUUGGAGUUAUGUUUUUGCCAAUGCUGAUUUCUCCAAAAACAAAACCAUCUAUUUGACAAUGAUCUGCACAUCAAUACUCUACGUCAUUCUUCUGCUCUACAGUCGGUUCAAAGAUAGGAAAGAUAUCGAAAAAUUGGGAGUGACACCGAUGAUCGACAAUCGUAAACAAGAUCAAUAUUUCUAUCAGAUUCUUGUUUUUACUGGUCAACGAUCAAAUGCUGGUACAAAUUCCAAAGUUUAUUUCGUGUUGUCAGGUGAUGAAGAUCAAACAGAUAUUCGUGCAUUAGCUGAUCCACAACGAAAAGUUCUGCAACGUGGUGGGAUUGAUGCUUUUGUCAUGGCAGUACCAAAAUCAUUGGGAUUGUUGAAUUAUAUUCGAAUUUGGCAUGAUAAUUCAGGUGAGGGUCAGUCAGCAUCAUGGUAUUUCAAACAUAUCAUUGUUCGUGAUCUACAAACAAUGAACAAAUUCUAUUUCAUUGCUCAACGAUGGUUCGCCGUUGAAAAAGAUGAUGGACGAAAAGCAUAUCAUAGUGCAUCUGAUGGUCAUCUCUGGUUUUCGAUCUUCUCUCGACCACCUUCCAAUCGAUUUACACGUGUCCAACGAUGUACUUGUUGUUUUGUUCUCUUCUUCAUUUCCAUGUUACUCAAUAUUAUGUAUUAUGAUCUAUCAAAUGAAGCCAAAUCAACCAAUACAACACAGAUCAGUGGUUUAGCCAUUGGUCCACUUUGCAUUACACCACAACAGAUUGGAAUUGGUGUCAUGAUCGAACUUUUGACAUUAGUUCCAAGUCUUUUCAUUGUUCAAUUCUUUCGUCGAAUUCGAUCUCGACAACAGAUCUCACCAUUACAACAAACUUUGUACAAAAUCAAAACAUCUGGACAAACACUUACAAAUCUCGAACAAAUAACAACACAAAAGAAGAAACCAACAUCGGAAACAUUUCCUUGGUGGUGUAUAUUCAUUGCCUACACUCUCUCAUUUAUGAUCAUCGCUGUUUCGAUCUUCUUCAUUAUUGUACGAGGUAUUGAAUUUGGUGAUGUGAAAACACAAAAGUGGUUAACAUCUGUUCUCACUGGUUUCUUCUCAUCGAUUCUUGUCACUCAACCUAUCAAAAUCUUAGUUUUAGCAGUGAUUUUUGCCUUUUUCUGUCGAUCUUCAUCAACUGACAAAGAAGUAAAGGAAUACAUUGAUGAUGAUCGAAUAGAGUUCAAUGAUAUUGCUGAUGGUUAUCUUCAUUCAUCUGAGAAUGACACUUUGUUUAGUAUUCAAACAAAGACACCUGUAAAACGACUUUGUGAAAAUGAAAUUGCUGAUGCCCGUGAACAACGUCUCAAAGAUAUUCAAAUGUGGUUAAUCAUUCGAGAAUUUACUUUACAUAUCAUCUUUUCGACAUUGAUCUUUGUCAUUACUUAUGCUAAUUGUGAACAAAAUAGUUUCUAUCAAGUCAAACAUCUUCGUUCGUAUUUCUUCAACACUCGACAAACUACUCUCGAUUAUACUCAGAUUUUGACAAUUGAUCAAUAUUGGAACUGGUUAGAAAAGAGUUUUUUAUCAAAUCUUCGUGCUCAACAAUGGUACAAUGGUGAUACACCACGAUAUCUCUCUGGUUUUCUCAAUGAUAAAUCUAAUCGACUUAUUGGUUGGGCUAUUAUCAGACAACUUCGAAUCAAACCAGAACUAUGUGAUGAUCAACAUCUACAAAUCAUAUGUGAACAUAGUUAUAGCAUCUUCAAUGAAGACAAACAUUCUUAUCAACCAGGAUGGUCGAAUGAAACAACAACAACAACAACUGAUGGAACAUAUAGUUCAUCGAUUCUCAAAGCAUUUCGAUAUCGAUCAAGUGAUGAAUUAGACACUUAUCCGUAUGUUGGUGAAUAUGAAACAUAUGCAGGUGGUGGUUAUGUUUAUGAAUUUCGUGGAAGUCUAAUCGAUAUACAAACAAAUCUUUCUCUACUUCAUGAACUACAAUGGAUUGAUGUUAAAACUAGAGCUGUUCUCAUUCAAAUGACUUUAUACAAUCCAAAUGUCAAACUAUUGACAUCAAUCACAAUGUUAACAGAAUUCUUAUCCACUGGUGGACUUUUUCCAUCAGCUCGAUUCGAACCCAUCAAUUUCUAUACAUUUUCAUCGAUCUUACAAGUCAUCUGUACUAUAUUUUACAUGUUAUUCAUCAUUUAUUUCAUGAUCGUCGAAAUUCGUUUAUUAUUUCGUUUGAAGAAACAAUACUUUCGUCAAUUUUGGUCCAUCAUUCAACUGGGAAUCAUUGCUUGUUCAUGGUCAAUCAUUCGGAGAUAA